AUCUGACRUGAGGAACGAUGAAGGCUUUCUUCAUCAUCUCCUGUAAGAACCUCAACAAUAGGUUCUGGGAAAGAAGGUGCACAGCAGAUGUGUGUGUCAUGCUUUGUACGUGCCCCACCAGUGUGUUUCUGUGUGUGUGUGUUACCAUCUUUAAAAACAGCCCUGUGUCCAAGUGAAUAGAAGGAAGUGGCUCUGACUUCCCUAGGAAACGGGGAGAGGAAAGCCGGGGGCUUUGACCUCUCUGGCUGCACCGGAGCCACAAGGCGACUCACCAGAGAGAGAGAGAGAGAGAGAGAGAGGGAGGGAGGGAAGGGUGGAUGUUGGACAGAGAAGAAAAAAUAAUUUGGUUCCAGUUUGUAGAACUGGACUUUGUGUGGAGAUGAAGUUUCUCAGAGCUCUGAGUGCUCUGCUCUGCUGCUUGUUGUCCUCUGCUCACACUCUGGAUCCUGGAGGGAGGAACGUCUGCAAGACUUUAAGAGACCCCACCACUCUGGUCUGUUGCAGUGGGUGGCGUCAGCAGGGAGGCGAGUGCACCACACCCGUGUGUGAAGGCGAGCAGGCGUGUCUGGAGAAUGAGAUCUGUUUAUCUCCGGGAGUGUGUCGCUGUCCAUCUGGCUACUAUGGAGCUCAGUGUAAAACACGYUGUCCUCCUGAGUUCUGGGCUCCAGACUGUCGUCAGGUGUGCCGGUGCUUCCCUCAUGGCCGCUGUCACCCCGUCACCGGCGAGUGCACCUGCAACCUCAACCGCUGGGGUCCGCUUUGUCAGAACGCCUGCAAGUGUGCCCGCGGCGGCCACGGCCACUGCCACCCCGUCUUCGGGAAYUGCACCUGCGACAAAGGCUGGUCGCUGCCCACCUGCUCCAGACCCUGCCAGUGCUCCGUCCCGGGGUCGGUGGACACCAGCUGCGACCAGCUGACGGGCCGCUGCCAGUGCCACAGAGGAUUCUGGGGGGUCAGGUGUGCCUCCAAAUGCAGCUGCAACCUGUCUCCGUGUAACCAGUGGACCGGCGUGUGCGAGUGCGUGGCGGGCUGGUGGGGGGCCGGCUGUGACAGGAAGUGCAGCUGCGACCUCGCGUACAGCUGGUGCGAUCCGAACACGGGACAGUGCGUGUGCCACCCGGGUUACCACGGUCUGUCAUGUGACCGGCCGUGUGGCGCUGGGAGCUACGGCAGCGGGUGCAACAUGAGUUGCGGUCACUGUAAGGACCGCCAGCCUUGUUCCGCCACGGACGGAGGGUGUGCUGCCUGCGAGCCUGGCUGGAACGGCACGCGGUGCGACCACCAGUGCCCGUCUGGUUUUCACGGCCGCGGCUGCAAGGAGAGGUGUCCUCGAUGCAGGAAUGACGAGAGCUGUGACCCAGAAACUGGGAACUGUAGGAGGUGUGACCCUGGAUGGACCGGAACCAGGUGUGAGGAGCCCUGUCCCAGUGGGACACACGGAGACGCCUGCAGCUUCCUGUGCAGCACCUGUUUUCAUGGUAACUGCCAUCACGUGACAGGAAGAUGUGUGUGUCAGCCUGGUUUUCAGGGAGAGAGCUGUAACAGCAGCUGCCCUGUCCUGCAGUUUGGUCUCAACUGUUCGUCUUUCUGUGACUGUGGUGACGGAGUCGGCUGCGACCCCGUCUCUGGCGCCUGCCCCUACAGUGGUCGAGGGGCUGUUCUAGCAGGCGUGCUGGUUCCUUUGUUCCUCCUGUUGUUUGCCGUUCUGUGCUGCUGUCUGUGCUGUGGAGGACGCCCUGCUGCUGGCAAGGACAGUGUGGCUGUGGCUGAAGGCGGUUUGUCUGUUAGGAUGAAAUAUCACGUCUACAGCGUCCUGGCAAACAUCGGCGCCGCCCUCCCCUGCAUCUCUGACUGGUCCUCUGGCUUGCCUCGAGUCACGGUCUCUCACCACGACCCGGAGCUGACUUUUAACCACAGCUUCAUCGAGCCUCCCUCCUCUGGUUGGGUCACUGAGGGGUCGUCGUUCGACAGCGACGAAGAGGAGGGAGAGGCUCUUUACUGUGUGCCUCCAAGAGAAGACAUCCUGGAAGUGGCCGGAGGAGAGUUCCAGGAGAUGAGCUCCAAGUGCAACAUGUUCUUAGACCCGUCCGGCUUCAGCAGCGAGGACAUCGCCUCACCCUUCAACAUCCCUCGGACCUCCAGCAUCGCCAAAUCCAAGCGCCCGUCUGUCUCGUUCGCAGAAGGCACCCGCUUCAGCCCCAAGGAGAGGCGAGGCUCCGGGCAGGACGUUGGGACUCCUCUGCGCAGCAAGGCCAAGUCCCCCUGGGGGGUCCUGAUGCUGUCGGCCCUCCAAAGCCAAGGAGGCACGGUGAGAAAUGGGGAGGGGAGUGGAGCUGAGGGUGAGGAAGAGGAGGAUGGGGCAGAUGAUCAAGCUACAGAAAAUCAGGAGUUAAGGUGUGAGGAAGAGGCCCAGGAAGUAGACCGAUCCCAAACUCAGGAGGCCAGUCAAGCUCUUGGGUCCUCAGGACGAAGACGGACCAUGUCCAACACAGCUGCUCAUAAAGGAACCUCUGAGCGAGAGGUGGGGGCACCGCGUAAGGUCACCACAGUGUACGUGACGGUGGGUAAGGCAGGCCGGCCCCUAACAAAGACAGACUCGGGUUCUGAAGGCCCGGUUCAGGCCAUGCUGCGCAGACUCGGCAGCUUACAGAGACAAAGGGAGCAGGAGCCAGGGAAGCCACGGUCAAAGGCAGCUGAAGGCAUCACCAAACCCCCCAGGAGCAAACUGGGAGCUCGGGUCGCUGUGUGGGAGCAGGGAGGUCCGUCUGGCAUUUGUAAGCCAAUCAGGAGGAAGCACGCUUCCCACAAUCCUCCCAUCACCUCUGGUCCCGUCGAAGCCGUACCAGCAGAGAACGCUUCAAAACGACCACCAUCGUCAAUUUUAAAAAGCAGAUCUGACUCAGGAUCAGACCUGAGAGUCGAGGGAGGCUCAGGUCAGGGUGCUGACGCAAGUUCAGAACGAACGGAGAGCAGCUACCAAACAGUGGGAGCAGCAGGAGACGCUCUGGACAUCCUCACCAACCAGGGAGCAGGGGUGAACAUGGAUGUUGAACCCUGCUACGAAAACAUCUUCAUUAAAAAUUGAUCCAAACUUUAUUUUAUUWUUUUACAGACAGCUUUUAGAAAGAUUAGUAAAAAAAAAGGCUGUUGAAUAUUUGACUGAUUACAAUGUUUUUACUGACUCCAGUAAAGGAACUAAAACACUGUUGAGUUAUUAACUGGAACUCAGAAAAGUGGACUWGGUUUUAAUAUUUAUAAACACGACUGCAGGUUAUUGUUUUUUGUGACAGAGCACCUCCAUAAAAUCUGUCAUAUUUUAUUACUCRCUGUGUAAAAUAUUUUCUUAUUAGAAGAAAUUAAAAGCACAGUUAGUAGAUAUAUAAACUGUA